GCAGACCAACAAUACUGGCGCUUCAUAUUUGCGCGCCAUGUUCGGUUCUGUAAUGUUGAUAGGAAAUUAUAUUUCAGUAAUGCGAGCAUAACCAACAGUGCGUCCGCAAGGCAAUAAAAAGGUUUUCGUGGGUAUUCAUGCACAAUGCCCAAUUUUUGCGCCGCCCCGAACUGUACCAGGAAAAGCACACAAUCUGAUCUAGCUUUCUUUCGGUUUCCAAGGGAUCCGGAGAGAUGUAGGCUGUGGGUGGAGAACUGUCGCCGCGCAGAUCUUGAGGAGAAAACUCCUGAACAGUUAAACAAACACUACCGGCUGUGUGCAAAGCAUUUUGAACCAGCCAUGAUAUGCAAAACUAGCCCAUACAGGACGGUGCUCAGAGACACUGCGAUUCCUACGAUUUUUGAUUUAACCAGUCACCUCAGCAAUCCUCACAGCAGACAUCGCAAACGCAUCAAAAUUCUGACCGAUGAAGAGGUUCAAAAGAUGAAAGAAAGACGAUUGGAGUCUUCAAUCGAACAGAUGCUCUCAAAAAAAGAAUGUGAACCUCAGGAAGGCAACGAGACCACUGAUGACGUCCCUCAGCUGACGCCUGAACAAAAGCAACAGAGACAUUUCUUAAGGUCUUUGUUUGAAGUCAUGGUUUUAAUAGGAAGGCAGAACUUUCCAUACAUUGUGAAAGAAGAUCUGAGCGCCAAACAAGAGGAACGGGCCUGUUCUGCUAGUACCUUCCAGGCACUGUUAGAGAGCCGUAUCAAUGCAGGCGAUGAAUUUCUCAGGAGGCGUUUCGAAACGGCGUCUGUCAACGAAGACUAUUGUUCAGCCGUCCAGCAGAAACAAAUGCUUGAGGUCUGUGAGAAGUGCGUCCGUGAAGAGAUUCUUCUGCAAGUCCGGGAAUGUCGCUUCUAUUCCAUCGUCACCGGGGAGUUAGUGGAGUUCCCAGAUGGAGAUCAUCUUCCCAUCUUCCUGCGUUUUGUAGACCAAGCCAACACUCUCAGAGAAGAAUUCAUAGAGUUCCUCUCGCUGGAAGGUGAGGAGAUCUCCAUCGCUGAGAGAUUGGAGUCUCGGUUCACGAAAGGGUGGGGCUUGAGUUUGGAGGACUGCAGGGGGCAGGCACACGCAGGCUCGGGUAUACUCGCCACCAAGAUGAAAGUCAUUGCUGCUCACCUAAAGGAGAAAUAUCCCAUGGCGGUGAUCACCCCCACUUCUACUUGUGCGCUUAACGUUCACCUCGCUAAUGGCAUGCCGCUGACCGGUGUGCAGGUUGUGAUGUCGGUUCUGAAAAAGACGAAUGCGUUUUUUACAACCUGUCCAAUGCUACAGGAUGAGCUUGUCAAGGCCAUCUCCAUUCUCUGCCAGGGAAACACGGAGAAAGAAAACUAUCUCAAGGAAGCCUCACGUUCAACCUGGACCGAUCUUCACAACGUGUUCGAGAUGGCCGUCGAUCUGAUGGAGCCGCUCCUUCUCUGCAUGGAUAGCGUACACGACAAUGAAGAACUAAAGUGGAACGACCAAAUCACCAGCGAGGCCUACGCCAUCUCAGAAGCUCUUGGAGACUUUGAGUUUAUUGUGACACUGGUUAUAUUGAAGAACGCUUUGUCAUUCACGAGAGCUUUUGGCAAAAACCUGCAAGGAGAAACCCUGGAUGUCUUUUUCGCAGCCAACAGCCUGACCGCAGUUUUGCAUUCGUUGCACGAGGUGAUGGACAAUCUUGAAGUGUACCAUGAAUUCUGGUUCGAAGAGGCUAUCACCUUGGCUACCACGAUGGAGGUCCCUGUGAAAGUCCCGAGGCUAUUCCUGCGAAAGCAUCAGACAGUCGACGGUAUGGAAAUACAGGCAGAGUCUUUUUUUAAAGAGUAUCUCACACUCCCAGUUAUGGAGUAUAUCGAGCAGGAGGUCAAGGACAUUUUUUCUGAGAAUCAUCUCAAGGCGCUCAAGUGCCUGUCGCUCGUCCCAGCAGUCAUGGGGCAAAUGAAGUUCAAUACCUCAGAGGAGAGCCACGCGAAUGUGCACAGGAGCGAUCUGCCCCAUCCGGACACAUUGCCUGCGGAGCUGCAUUGUUGGAGGAUAAAAUGGAAACACAGAGGCAAGGAAGUCAGCCUGCCGUGUACCAUUCAUGAGACUCUUCAGCACUCGGAUGUCAAAUUUUUUCCCAAUGUAAAUGCGUUUCUGAAGAUUCUUGCUACGUUGCCAGUGCUGAAUCUUGACGGGAGUUACGGUGAAACUGCCCAAAAACGCUUGCAAGCUUACAUUAUAGACACGUCAUUGCACCACAGGUGUAAACAUCUGGCUGUGCUGAACAUCAAUUACCAUGUUAAAACGGACUUGGAAGAAAUGGUUCAGUGUUAUAUAAAAACUUACCCAGAAGAAAGCGAGAGCGAUUGACAGAGGGGUAACCCGUAUAGACCCUUUACAUUUUGAUUCCAACACUCCUGUGAGCUGUGCUAUUCGAAACUAUUCAAAAUUGUUUUGCUUUAUAUUUUGUCAGUGAUCUGCAUUCCUCUUUAUCACAACUUCAUUUCUUUUGAUUUUCAUUGUGAAUAGAGAACUAUUUUUCCAUUUGAUAGGACAUUUAUAAAAAGCUUACCAUAAACAUAUAAGAAAUUUGAAGAGGGGGUUCGCUUUUGUGUUGAUGUGACUUUGAAUACAAGUGGCCCAAAGUGUAAAUAAAUUGAAAGCAAUUUUGA